GAGGAGGUGUGAGGGAGACAGCCAGCAGUGAAGAUGACCGGGCAGACCGAUGUCGACAUACCAGAAACAGGAGCAAUUUUCACAUUUGGAAGGACCAGCUUUGCUAAUAAUGUUCCCAGCAAGUUCUGGCUGAAGAAUGACCAUCCAAAGAAAACGUCAUGUGGCGGAGAGCACUCUGCUGUUAUCACAGAAAAUGGGAGGUUGCUGAUGUUUGGUGGCAACACAUGGGGCCAGCUGGGGUUGAGAAUUAAGCCUAGUGCCAGGAAACCAACCUCUGUGAAAGCCUUGAAGUCUGAGAAGGUGAAGCUUGCAGCUUGUGGGAGAGACCACACAAUUGUUUGCACAUUUCAUGGCAGUGUAUACAGUGCAGGUAGCAACCAGGACGGGCAGCUGGGUUUAGGCCAUUGUGACAAGUCUACAUACUUUCACCUGCUCCGCCCCUUCUGCGACUGGGCACCAAUCAAAAUGCUUUCUGCAGGAUGCAACACCUCAGCCGCCUUAACAGAGGAUGGGAGGCUGUUCAUGUGGGGGGACAACUCUGUGGGUCAGAUUUCUUUUGGGGACGAGGGAUUUGCUGCAGAACCCAGAGAGGUCCACGUUGGAGAAGCAGUCAUAUGGGUGUCCUGUGGGUAUAAGCACUCAGCUUUUGUGACAGUUUAUGGUCGCCUCUACACGUUUGGUGAGAGUGCGAAUGGAAGACUCGGUCUUCAGGAGGAGCAGCUGGCCAAUCACAGAAUUCCUCAGCAGGUGCAGGGAGUCCUGGGUCGUGUCACCCGAGUGUGCUGUGGAGGAGAGCACACAGUGGUCCUCACAGAGAAGAACGUGUACACAUUCGGCAGAGGUCAGUACGGUCAGCUGGGCCACGGAACAUUUCUGUUUGAGGUUCAUUUGCCAAAAGCGCUGCAGCACUUUUGUAACAGCAAGGUCAGACACAUCGCGUGUGGAGAGAACCACACAGCUGUGGUCACAGACAGUGGGCUGCUGUACACGUUUGGUGAUGGUCGUCAUGGAAAACUCGGGUUAGGGGAGGAAAACUUCAUCAACCAGUUCAGCCCGACACUCUGCACACGUUUUCUUCAAUACGCUGUUCAGUCAGUGUCGUGCGGUGGUCACCACAUGCUGGUCGUGGCUACACCCAGGCCAGCAGAGAGCCAAGAAGUGGUGCCAGAGAAGGAUGUCUUAAUCGCAGACUACUUUCUGGAGUCAAGUUUUACCAAAAUCAUCUUUAAAAACAAGUUCAUCAGUCCAACUCCACCAUCACCACUCUCAGCCCUCUCAGCCCGGGCACGCCACCGAGACAGAGUUCGUUCUGUGGAGUUGUUUGGGGAUAAGUUUCAGAGCCUCCCACGGCUUAACUCUGACUUUCUCAACACAUCUCGGCAAAGAUCCAGAAAUUCCCUAACUCUGAAAACCCUUUCAAAUGAUGCUACUACCCCUUCAUCAUCCCCUAAACCAAAAUCAGAGGUGACAGGAAGCCCACUUCUCUCCCCCAGAUCUCGAUCCAUAUCCCCUCAGAGUCCACUGUUAUCCUCUAAGGCAUCAACCCCACAUUCACAAUCAUCAUUCACGCUUCAAAGUAAAGCAUCCACGUCUGCUUCUUCUAAGUCUAAAUGCAAAAAGGUGCCCUCUCCUUUGCUUUUACCAAAGUCUAUAACAAAAUUAAACCCCAGCAGUCCUGUAGCUACUAAAAUGACUGCAAAGCCUAGACUAAACCGAGCAGCAGCCACUAAGAAGCCUCUAAGUAACAAAUUCUCAUCUCCUGUGCCACCUAAAGAGCCCUACACCCCGACUAGACCCCCCAGUAAUGUUUUCAUUAAAAAUCUAAAGGAGGAAGAACAUUCUGCCCCAACACAAACAGGAAAUGUUAAGAGACAAAUAAUCACUGAAGAAGUGGAGGAGAAAGAAGUCUUUUCACCAUAUAUGGGAAAGAAAAAGGGCAGAGCUUUUAGACAUGCAGUAAAGGAAGAAGAACCAUUUGCACAACAGAUCCAGACUAACGAGAAGACCGACCGAAACUCCCCUAAGGUUUUGCCAACAGAGCUUAUGAAGGGCCCCAGCACCUUGAAGACAGAAGUGUCUCCUCUGAAGAGCACAAAGAAAAAUCACAAAGUGACUUCAAACAGCAAAGAGAACAUCACCAAGGAGUCCAGCAACAUCAAACCUUCAGAAAACAGGCAAGCUCAAAAGCAGCUCCCGCAUUUUAAAUCAUCACAGCAAGAUAAGAGGAAACCGUCAGAGCAUAGCACAAAAACACAACAGACGCUGACAGAUGCACAGGAGAGAGUGACUGAAGUGAAGCACAAGACGAGGAAAACUGAGGAUUUGAGAGAAAGUAAUGAACCGAAUGAAGAGGAUAACAGCUCUCUGAAGAAAGGCUUGACAAGGACCCCAAAAAAGGAGACAAAGAAAUCAUCAUCUUUAGAUCCGAAAUCUCCUUCUAUCAAGGUCAGUAAAGUGAAUCAAGCAGCCAGUCUAGCAUCCACAGAAAAUGGCGUAAAGGAAAAUGAAGCAACUCAGAGGGGAAGUGAUGACGUCAAACCUGUUGAAGUGGCGAGUCGGGGGACACGGCGAGUCAAAUCGACUCUAACAAAAGAUCAGCACAAGGUUAAAUCUGUACCAGGAGUGGAUGCUAAAUCGCCAGCAGCACAGGAAGAAAACACAACACCUUUUAAGGCUGAAACCAAGAAAUCUGUCUCCAGAAAAACACCAUUGCAAGUUAAGGGAAAAUUGCAAGAGCUUAAACCAACACCAGUCAAGGAUCAAAGUAAAUGUGCAGAAAAUCCCCUCAUUGAAGGUGAAAGCAAAGAAAAGUGUGAGGAAAAUGAGUUAAAUUGUGCCAAAGACGCCACUCUGAAGAUGAAAGGUGGAACUGUGGAUGAGCAGAAAUUGUCAAAAAUAAUGGACAAAAAGACGGCAAAGGAAUCCGGUGCUGAACAGAGGGCAAAAACAAAACGAAGAGGAGGAGGCAAGGAAGAGGAAAUCAGAGUUAAAGGUGAGGGGGAUGUUGACUCUGAGAAUAAGAUGAAGGCUAAACCAAAGAGUGAAGCUUCCAGCCUGCCGUCAUCUCAGCAGGAUACACCUACAGAAGUGAGAGGUAACCCAAUUUCCCCUCAAAGCCCAGAGGUGGAUUCUCCUAGAGCUGCAAAACCCCUGCGAGGCGCUAAGCCUGUUGUUAUGGAUUCCCGUGUUUCUGAAACAGAUGAAGAGGACACUUGGGGCAAGAAUGGGGGAAAAACAAAUUGGGGAGAAAUUCUCAGUAAUUCAGCGUCACUUCUUCCAGUUGCUGGGAUUGCAGGUGCAGCUAUUGAGGUCCUUCGUGAGGCAGUGACAAGUGUGCAGUCUGACAGUGACAAAGCCACCUCGACACCCUCUAAAACGCUCAGUAAAGUCAGACAAUUCACGAAGCAGAGUGCAGUUACGGAGCCGUCCUUGUGCUCCACAUUGUCACAUUUUUCUUCCUCGAAUGAAACGGAGGAUGGCCUGAAGACAGAUGCUCAAGCUGGUGUUCCAUCGGAAUCUGUAAAUGAAUCCCAAGAAGUAGAAAAUGAUGACAGCAGUUGUGAUCCAUCAGAGGGGGAGGCAGUGAAAGGGGGCCUGUCUGAGCAUAUCAGGGGUGAACACAUGGAAGAUUCACAAAAAGAAGUGGAGGAGAAAUCCGACAAGGCAUCUGGAGAGGAUGAGGAUUCUGAGGAUGGGGGAAAGAAUGAAGAUGUCGAGAGUGGAAGUGACAGUGAAGAUAAAAGGGAAGAAUGUGAGAGUAGUAGUGACAAAGAAACAGGAGAGGAGAGCAAUACGGGAGAGGGAGAGGAAGAUAAUGUAUCUGAGGAAGAAGAGGGUGACGAGAAAACAAGCAGGAGUGAUAAAGAUGAAGGAAGUGAUAAAACUAAUGCUGCUGAAACUGAAGGAGAGGAAGAAAGCAGUAAGAAGACAAGUGAUGGAUUGAGUGACUCUGAUGGGAGUGAAGGAGCUGAGGAGGAAGAGGAGGAAGGUGAAAAUGAAGAGUCCAGUGAUGAAGAGAGUAAAGAGGAUAAAGAGAAGGAGAGUGAGGAUGAAGAGAAGAAAAGCGGUGAUGAAUCAGAGAGCGAUGAGAGCACGAACCGAGAGUCAGAGGGGGAGGAGGACGGAGAGGAAGGAGACACUGCAGAAUCUGCCAAAACUGAAGAAGAAGAAAAUGAUGAAGAUGAAGAGGGCGAAACUGAGGAACAAAAUGAUGCCUCCACAGAAAAUGAGGAUGAGGAGAAGGACUCGGUUGAAGAUGAAGAGGCAGAUAAGAGUGAAGGAGAGCAAGACAGUGAUAAGGGAGAGGAAGAAGAAGAUAGCGAGGCUGAUGAAGAGGAACUCCAAGAUGAAAAAAGUGAUGAAGAAGAAGAGGAAGAAGGAGGUGAGGAAAGGGAAGAAAGUGAGUCCGUAGGUGAUGGGGAAGCUGAGACAGAAGAUGGAGAGGAUGAGGACAAAGAAGAGAGUGAGGAGGAGGAAGAGUCUGCAGAAGAGGAAGAGGAAGAAGAGGAGGAGGAUACAGGGGACGAAGACAUAGAAGCUGAGGAAGAAGAGGAAGAGAAGGAGGAGGAUACAGGGGACGAAGAAACAGAAGCUGAGGAAGAGAAGGAGGAUACAGGGGAUGAAGAAGAAGAAGCUGAGGAAGAGAAUGAAAAACAACACUAA